CACAGAUUCGAAUCCACUUCCUACAAUAGGAUACCAUGUGACUUAAGCCACGUGGUUACAAAGGUACUAUAACCUCAAAGUUGCGACACUCGUUGAGAACGAGGUGUCGCUGGCGCUUCGCAAGGGAGGCAACGCCACGCUGAACAUGUACACCGUGGGCGGACCGCUGGCAAACACUGCAACGGACCGCUGGCGAACAGGACUCAAUACUACGACUCAAGCGUGGGCUACUGUACCCAAUGAGCUACAAGGCCGCGCAGCCUACCACGGUGUCUUCCAGAACGGUACAGUAUUCCUUGGAGGUAGCCAUCCUGUGUUCAAGGAAGGCAUCACACUCGUGCAUGAGGUGGGACAUUGGUUCGGCCUGUACCAUACCUUCGCCAACGGUUGUUGCGGAUACUCCGAUCGAAGACCAGCCGCUUGGCCUGGGAGGAUGCGAGGUAGUAAGAUGUGGCAGCGUGGGCCGAUGGUAUAA